GGGCUUCGGGCGGGGGCCGCGUGGAGGGUACCGCACGGAUGCCCCGCCUUCCUGUGGGGGCCCGUGGAUCGCCCCGUUUCCGUGGGGGUGUCGUGUAUACUCCCCUUCCCGUGGGGCUCGCGGGGAUGCCCCCUCAUCCCGUGGGGGCCGCGUGGAUAUCCCUUUCUCCUGGGGGUCUCGGAGAUAAUCCCCCUUCCCACGAGGGCCUCAUGGAUAACCCUCUACCCUUGGGGCCACGUUGAUACGCCCCUUUCUGUGGGGGCCUGCAGACCCCUUGGUGAGAAGCAGAGCCACGUGAACCUCUUGGUAGGGGUCCAUUGCCAGUAAUGACCUGUUACAUGCUUGCCUAACUUUGUGAUUUACUUAGUUUUCUUUCAGAUAGCCAAGGUUAUCUUUUUUUGCUAACACUUCAAAUACAAAUUACAGUUACAUCAGUCUUCUUUUUAUUCAUUUUUUUAAAAAGCUGACAUAACCAGUAUACAACUUUAUGAGUUACAUGUACGCCUGUGAAACUACGAUCUAUAUCAUUAAACUUGUCAGUCACCAAAAAUUUCCUGCUCUCAUUAUUGCUCUGUGGUAGGAACGAUUAGCUAGCAAAAAUUUAAGUAUACAAUAUUGUUAACUAUGCAGUAUCUCAGACCUCCAGGAUUUACUCAUUUUGCGUAUCUGAGGCUUUGUACUCUGACCAACAUGUCCUGGUCCCUCUUCAGGAAAUGCUUGCAGCCAUCAUUCCACACUCUGCCUCUCUAAGUUUGACUGUUUUACACUCCUCAUGUAAGUGGUGGUGGUGGUUUAGUCACUAAGUCGUGUUGGAUUCUUUUGUAACCCCAUGGACUGUAGCACUCCAGGCUCCUCUAUACAUGGGAUUUUCCAGGAAGUGGUAUCAUGCAGUAUUUUGUCCUGUGUCUGGCUUAUUUCACAUAGAAUAAUUUCCUCCACAUUCUUCCAUGUUGUCACAAAUGGCAGAAUUUCCUUUUUUUUUUUAAAGGUUAAGUUAUAUUCCAUUGUGUAUGUAUAUCAAACUUUUAUCUAUUCAUCUGUCCAUGGACAGUGAGGUUACUCCCAUAUCUUGACUGUUGUAAAUAAUGCUCCAGUGAACAAGGGGUGCAGGUGCCUCUUGGAGAUCCUGAUUUAUGUUCUUUCAUAUAUACACCCAGAAGUGGGGUUGCUGAUCAUAUGACAGUUCUAUUUUUAGUCUUUUGAGGAACCUGGUACUGUUUUCAUAGUGGCUGCGCAAUUUACAUUCCCACCAACCAUGCACAACUGAGUACAACAGUGUGCACCAGUCUGUUUAGGAUAAAACCAAGUGGAUUAAAUAAAUCCCCAAUGUAACAAGAUACAUUAAGCAGACUGGUCAGAAAUUACUUCUUUGUAGGAAGUAUCUUAAGACUUUGGGAAGACAUACUGGACAGGGGAGAAACUUACACAUAAAGGUUUCUCACUAAAGAGCCUGAUGCCGCCUUGCCAGUGUAAUGCAGGGUGUGGUCAAGACUGGACAGCAAGUGCUUGUGCCCCCCUCACCCCCCAGGAAGGCAGGGCGAGGAAGCCCAGAUUCUCAAGGAAAAGCAGGGCUAGAGGGCCACCUUCAGGAAUGGCUGCUUCUGACAUUCCUCAAGAGACACUGGAAAUCUGGAUUUCUAAAGUGUGAAGCUUGUAAACUUUGAAAAAGUUGCAGCUAAUUAAAUAUUUUGAAACAAGGUGAGGAUCAAAGAAACUGUGUCUGUGGGCCAUUGCUGUGUGACCUAGGCCCUCUGCUACAUUUCUGAUUAUAUUUUUAUCAAAGGAAAAUAUUUGAUUUUUUUGAAGACAUGGAAAGCUAGAUCUGAAUCUGAUGUACUAACUGUGCACUCACACAUUUUUAACCUGUUUUUAUAUAUUUAUGCCCCAAAAUGCUGUUUUAGAAAUAUUUUGUCAUGUUUUCUUUACCUCAAAAUUAAUUGGGAAAGAGGAAUUUUGAGAGCUUAUAUAGUUGCCAUUGGAGAGGCAGAAAUUCCAGCUUGUGGGUUUUCACUGUUCAGUGCUCUGUGCAGUUUUGAGAUGUGGGUGUGGACAGCUGCUCUUGGAGGGUGGGUCCUUGCCUUUCUGCAGCUUUGGGGUCAAGCGUGGCUUUCUGGGCUUCUCAGAUCAUACCUGCUGAAAGCAGAGGUGCCUCCAUGAGGGCCAAGUACCACAGAACAACAUUACUGUCAGGGCAAUUUUUUAAAAACUUUUUAUUGGGCUAUAGCCGAUUAACAAACAAGGUUGUGUUCGUUUCAGGUGAUAAGGGUGAUUUUAAAGUGAUUUUUUUUUUUUUUUAACCUCAUGACAUGUGGGAUAUUAAUUCCCUGACCAGGGAUCAAGACCAGGGAUCAAACUCGUGCUGCCUGCAGUGGAAGUGUGGAGUCCUAACCAGUGGACCGCCAGGGAAGUCCCUGUAUGUGUGACUUUCUGAGGCCCUGCCAGACUGCUUUCCACAGGGGCGUCACCAUUUUGUUGGUCUGCCACCAGUGCAGAAUGGUUCCAGUCCCUCCACAUCCUGACCACACUUACUUUCCGUUUAUUUUUAAUAACCAUCCUGAUGGGUGUGAAGUGGUAUCUCCUUGUGGUUUUCGUGUGCAUUUCCCCAGUGAUUAAGGGUGUUGAGCAUCUGUUCCAUGGCUGACGGGCUGUUUGCAGAUUUCCUUCAGAGAAAUGUCUCCUCCAAAUGAUACUUGGCCUGUGGUUCCGUUCGUUUUGUUGUCGUUGAGUUGCAUCCUGGGUGUGAAUCCCUUGGUGGGCAUGUGCUGCGCAGACACCGCCUUCCAAUGUGUAGGUCGCCUUUUCAGUCUCCCAAGAGUGUCCUUUGGUGCACAAUAGUUUUUAAUUUCAGUGGAGGCUAAUUGAUCUGUUUUUUGUUGCCUGUGCUUUUGGUGUCAUAUUGCUAGGGAAUCCCCUGGCAGUCCAAUGGCUAGAACUCUGCUCUCACUGCCGAGUGCCUGGGUUCAGUCUCUGGUCAGGGAACUAAAAUCCCACAAAUUGUACCGCUGCAGCCAAAAAGUAAAAAGAAAAAGAAAUCUUUACCAAAUUUUGUGUCAGGAGGACUUUCGCCUCUGCUUUCUUCUGAGGGUUUUACAGUAUAAACUGUUAUGUUUGGAUCUUUGAUCUAUCUUGUGUUAAUUUUUGUCUGUGGUGUAAAUGAAGGUCCAGCCUCAUUCUGUUGCCUGCAGAGGUCUGGUUUUCCCAGCUCUGUGCUUCGAAGAGACUGUCCCUGUUCUCCAUGGAAUGUCUUUCUAUGUCCAUCUGUUGAAGGUCAUUGGAGUUGUUUCCAGUUUCUGACAGUCAUGAAUAAAGCUGUCAUAACGUGUGUACAGGUUUUCAUUCCUUUGAAGCAGAUACUUAGGAGUGGGUUUGCAGGGUCAUGUAGGAGGAGUGUAUUUAACUUUAUGGAAUCGUCCAGACCCUUCUUAGUGUGGGUGCACCACACAGCUGUGUGUGAGAAUUCCGGUUGCUUCACAUCCUCCUGGUCUUUGUAUCAUCAGCUUUUCGUUGGUGCUUUUUAAGCUGUUCUAAUAGGCAUGCAGUAGUAUUUUUGUGGUUUUAGUUUGCAUUUUCCUGUGGGUUAAUGAUGUCGAGCAGCUUUCUGUGUGCUCAUUUGGACUUCUCUUUUGCUGAAGUGUCUGUUCACAUCUUCUGCCUACUUUUAAAUUGUGUUGUUAAAAAUAAAUAAAUUGUGUUGUUGAGUUCUUUGGGUAUUCUGCAGGCAAGUUCUUUGUCGGAUGUGAUUUGCAAGUAUUUUCUUCCACCUAUAGCUUGUUUUUUUCAUUUUCUACUGUCCUCUCUAUAUCCAUUCCGUUGUACAUAUCUCAUUUUUGGGGUAGGUUUAUGUUCACAGCACAAUUGAACAGGAACCCCCGGAGUUCCCCUAUACCCACUCCCCAGCCUCCAUCCCUGUCAGCAUCCUCACCAGAGCAGUACGUUUGUUGCAGUCCACAAAGCCCAGGUGACUCAUCAUCAAGCAGAGUCUGUAGUUUACAUUGGGGUCACUUUUGGUGCUGUAUGUUUUUAUAUUUUUAAACUAAGACUUAAUUUUGGGGAUUCCCCUGGUGGUCCAGUAGUUAAGAAUCCAUCUUGCAGUGCAAGCAACAGGUUCAGUCCCUGGUUGGGGAACUAAGAUCCCACCUGCCUCGGGGCAACUAAACCUGCAUGUUGCAACUAGAGAGUCUGUGCGUGACAAUGAAAGAUCAUGCAUGCCGCAGACCUGACACAGCUAAAUAUAUAAGUAAAAAGAACUGAAGGGGAAAACUUUGCCGAGUUUUACCAGAUAUUUACCACAUGUGUUGCCUUCCUCCAUUCCUGAAGCUUCAGGCUUCCCUCUGCUAUAAUCUCCGUCUGUCUGAAGGACCCUGUUAACAUUGCUUUUAGAGCAGGUCUGCUUGUGGCCAGUUGUCUUAAGUAUCCUUUAUCUGAAAAUGUCUCUAUUGUGCCUUCCUUUCUGAAGAGUCUUCUCCCUGUUGCAGAAUGCAGGCCUGAGGCUCUUUCCUUUCAGUAUGUUAAGGAAGUCUCUGCCUCUGGUUCCGUGGUUCUGGGGAGAGUCCCGAAGGCCUUCAGGUUGCUGUUCUCAUGUGGGAAAUGCGUACCUUUUUAUCUGCUGUUUUUGUAACAUUCUUACUUUGUCAUCCGUUUUCAGCAAUUUGAUUAUGCUCUCGGCAUAGAUUUCUUUUGAGUUUAUUCUGCUUGAAGUUUGUUGGACUUCUUGAGUGUGUAAGUUUAUAUUUUCCACUACCCUUGGGAAGUGUUCAGCUGUUAUUUCUUCUGAGUUGUUUUUCAGCACCACACGGUCUUCUUUCCUCUGGGACUCCGGUGAUACAGAUGGCCAACUUCUUUUGUUCUGCAUUCCCAGAAGCUCUGUUCAUUCUCUUUUCCAUCUUCUUUCUGUUGUUCACAUUAGAUCUUUUGUACUGCUGUAUAUUUUCACUGCUGUGUCUCUUUCCUCUCUCAUCUCCAUUCUGAUACUGAGCCCAUAAGGUGGGUUUCUAUUUGUUAUUAUAUUUUUUUAUUUUCAAAUUUCCACUUGGCUGUGACUUUGGUUCCUAUGCCAACCCGGUCAGGACAGCAGGCUCCACUCAUGGAGUAGGAGCACCCGCAGCUCAGGCCACUGGGGGUUCCAGUGGUCACCUCAGACUGGGCUUCUUUGGAUAAUUUUUGCCCUAAUUUUGGUCAGACUUUCCUGCUUCUUUGUGUGGUAGGUAAUUCCGGAUUGUCAUCUGAAUCCUUUGAAUAUUGUGAGACCCUGUGGAGGAUGGAGCAUUUUGUUAUAGCAAGAAGUGGACCUGGGCUAUGGGUCUGAGCCCCUCCUGUGGGCGGAUGUGGUAUUGAGUCCGCUCAGCCUUCAGACUGUGCCGGGGUCUCUGUCCCUCAGGUGCCAUCCGAGGCUGGUCUGAGACCUGGGCAGUGGUCGACCCUGGAGGUUAGUCCUCGAAAGCUUUGGCUGACCAUUUCGGGCCAGGUCUGCACACAGACAGGCCCGGGGCCCUGGCGUCUCCUAUCCGCUGAGCCAUGGCCACCCCCGAUGUGAGUGUCCACAUGGAGGAGGUGGUGGUGGUGACGACGCCUGACACAGCGGCGGAUGGCAGUGGUGUGGAGGAGGUGAAGACUGUGCUGGUCACCACCAACCUCGCCCCACACGGCGGUGACCUGACGGAGGACAACAUGGAGACAGAAAAUGCCGCAGCGGCUGCUGCAGCAGCGUUCACGGCAUCCUCGCAGCUCAAGGAGGCCGUGUUAGUGAAGAUGGCUGAAGAAGAGGAGAGCCUGGAGGCAGAGAUCGUGUACCCCAUCACCUGCGGGGACAGCAGGGCCAACCUGAUCUGGAGGAAGUUUGUGUGCCCCGGCAUCAAUGUGAAGUGUGUGCAGUACGAUGAGCACGUCAUCAGCCCCAAGGAGUUUGUGCACCUGGCCGGCAAGUCCACCCUGAAGGACUGGAAGCGAGCCAUCCGGAUGAACGGCAUCAUGCUUAGGAAGAUCAUGGACUCUGGGGAGCUGGACUUCUACCAGCAUGACAGGGUCUGCUCCAACACCUGCCGCAGCACCAAGAUCGACCUCUCUGGGGCGCGCGCGUCCCUGGGCAGCCCCACGCCCACUGAGUACAUCCCGCUCACGCCGGCCACCGCUGAUGUGAAUGGGGCUCCUGCGACCAUCACCAUCGAGACCUGCGAGGACCCAGGGGACUGGACCACAGCCGUUGGAGAUGAUACGUUCGCCUUCUGGCGGGGGCUGAAGGACGCAGGCCUGCUGGAUGAGGUCAUACAAGAGUUCCACCAGGAGCUGGUGGAAACCAUGAAGGGCCUGCAGCAGCGGGUACAGGACCCGCCCCUGCAGCUCCGAGACGCCGUCCUCCUCAACAACAUUGUACAAAACUUUGGCAUGCUGGACCUGGUGAAGAAGGUGCUGGCCAGCCACAAGUGUCAGAUGGACCGUUCUCGGGAGCAGUAUGCCCGCGACCUGGCAGCCCUGGAGCAGCAGUGUGACGAGCACCGCCGGCGGGCCAAAGAGCUCAAGCACAAGUCACAACACCUCAGCAAUGUGCUUAUGACGCUCACGCCGGUCUCCCUGCCGCCCCCUGUCAAGCGGCCGCGGCUCGCGAGGGCCACGUCCGGGCCGGCCGCCAUCGCCUCGCAGGUGCUCGCCCAGUCUGCCCAGAUCGCCCUGACCCCCGGCGUGCCCGUCUCCCAGCUCACUGGUGUGCCGCUGGGCAAAGUGGUGUCCACCCUGCCCUCCCCUGUGCUGGGCAAAGCUGCGCCCCAGGCCGCUCCAGCCAGCUCCCCCGCCUCGCCUCUGCUUGGCGGCUACACGGUGCUGGCCUCCUCCGGCACCACCUUCCCCAACACGGUGGAGAUCCACCCGGACGCGUCCAGCCUCACAGUCCUGAGCACGGCCGCCAUGCAGGACGGCAGCACUGUGGUCAAGGUGGUGAGCCCCUUGCAGCUGCUCACCCUGCCCGGCCUGGGCCCCACCCUGCAGAACGUGGCCCAGGUGUCACCCGGGGGCAGCACCAUCGUGACGGUGCCCACGGGGACUGUCGAGAGUGCCAUGGCUGCCCCGGGACCUGAGGAGCACACAGCCACCAUCGAGGUGGCCACCAUGGCGGAGGGCCAUGAGCACAAGUAGCAGCCAGUGGAAGGCGAGGCCCCAUGUGGGCACUGGGCUGGCCGCCUCUCCUCAGGCUGCAGGGCACAGCGCCGGUGCCCACAGGCCACGCGGGGCUGCUGAACCAAAGAGAGGAAACGCCAAAACAGACGGAGAAGAGAGGAGAGGCAAGGGACGUGGCAGCAGCCUGGGGUGUGGGGCUCUGAGCUCUGAACCUCCUCCCCUGUUUUCCUGGGAAAUAUAUUUUUCCAUCUGUUGCUUAUUAAUACUGUUUACACGUGGGGCCUUGGUGAGGAGCCAGGUGGGGGGCCAGGGGCCCAAUGCAGCUGGCGGCAGGGGCAGGGCAGGGGCAGGGCCUCGGCCCAUAGCUGGGGAGCCCGUUACUAACACGUGUCUUGGGAACUGUCCCCAAGUGUGGAAACCCAUGGAUCCUAUGGAUUUGGUUUCUUCCCACAGUUUUCUGUAGGUUUAGUGUGGCCAGCACUCUGCUCUCCCAUCUCUGGCAUAAGCAUCAGUGGUGCUGCAGGUCUGCACGUGGCUCAGGGGCCUCCAGGGCCCCCAGGCGUCAGGGUGCAGGCCCUGGGACACCCACCUGGCCACAGGGACCCCGGGGUCCAAGCAGCACAGGCCAGAACACCCCCCCCAUCCCUGCCCGCAGAUGCUCAGGGGCCAUUGCACAUGCUCUGUGGGUGUUUCUAGGUGAACCCCUUAGUAGGCUCCAACAAAGAGUCAGGUUUAUCGUGUUUUCAACCUAAAUGAGGCAGAGUGCCUGGGCUCCCUGAUCUGCUCUGGUUUCAGGAGUGUCUUCUACACAGGGAUGGUUGGGACGGCCCUGGGGGCAAGAGGCAGGUGUGCACUGUGACUUUUCCUGGGGUAGACACAUGGAGAGAACGACCAGGGCCCACGGAGGGGUCACUCCACGUCCAGUGGGGACAUGCCUCAGGUUGGGGCUCAUGGUCUGAUGUUCAACUCCAGGCUCAGCUCCAUGCUGGUGGGCCCCCCCAGAAGUGGGCUGCACCCCACUGGCUGACACUGGUGCCCCAAGGCAUCUGGGACCAGCAUGGGUGAGGUGGCACCCAGGUACUCGUGGAGGGGGGUGUCUGUGGGCUGGCCGGCCCUCUGCUUUUCUGGUCUUGGACUUGGAAAGACCAGGGAGGGGCUGCUCUGCAGGCUUUGAGCCACUGCAGCUGGGGAUACCCACGGCCACCCUGGGCCUCCUGUCCAUCUGACACCUGUGGAGACCCAGAGAGAAGCCUCUGCCCGCCUCGCACUUUGAAGGGAACUGGGCUCCGUCCAUUCGUCCUUCCGUCCGUCAGGUCCCCUGGACCCACCUCAGCGCCCUCACUGAGGCUGUUUUGUUUCUGUCAUGUCUGGUCGGCUGCCGUUUCGGGCGUGCUGGUUUCAGCGCAGUGUCACUUCCUUGUUUGUUAGACGCUCCUCUUCCAAGGGCGUCUCUGAUACACGCAGUUGAGCCUAUGGACGGGGCACCCCAGCCAGUCCCACGUCCGGCUCAGAUCAUAUCAGAACAUGUUGCUAGUGAAACUGGGCAUCUUGUGCUUGGAACCUUGACCAUUCAGACCUGCUACGCCCUGAAAAGCUGCCUCUGCCUGCCGGCCAUGGGGCACUGGGUGGAAAGUUCGUUUCAGAGCCAUAUAGACAGAACCGUGAUGGCUGCUCCCAGACACGGUGCCUGGGGGCAGAGCUCCGGGUCUGGGAAGAGGCCCACUGUCCUCCAGGAACCUUCAGCCCGGUGUGGGGAUCGGGCCAUCUCACUGUCAGCGCCCCACCCUUCCCCCCACCAGGCAUGCGGGGGGCUGUUCCGGGCUCAGGCUCCGGGAGGCAGGAUUGGAUCUGGGGGGCUCGGAGGCAGCCUGGGCAAGGGACACCUCUGAGUUCUACUUUGUACGUUGUUUUGCAAGUAUCUGCUUGGUACUUUGAUUUCAAAUAAAAACAUUUUUCAUAA